CCCUCCCCCACCCCCUACCUCCAAACAAACCCUAAUUUCCCUCCCCACCCCACCAAACCCUAGCCCUAGCCCUAGCCCUAGCCCUAACCCUAAUCAUCCUAACCGUGCUCUCCGAAUUCCACCUCCGAUGCUCUUCGAGAGGUGAUACCCCCUCCUCCCCCCGCCCCCCCCCCCGCCCCGGAGCCAUGUCCACCGACGGCGCCGUCGAGAGACGGGAGGAGCCGCCGCAUCCUACUCCGCCGCGGAACGGGAACGGGAACGGGGUAGCGGCUCCGGCGGCGGCGGCGCGGCCGAUGUACGGGGACCGGAGGCUGAGGCUGAACCCUAACAAGGAGCACAAGCCGGAGCGGUACGACGACCUCCAGAGCGAGUUCGACCCCGUGAUCUUCAGCUCGCUGGAGCGCCACCUCCCCCCGAGCAUGCUCGAGGUGCCCCGCGAAGCGAAGGCCCAGUUCAUGAAGGAGAUUCUCGCCCGGUACUUGCCCGAAGGGGAGCGAACCAGGGUUCAGAGGCAUAAGGAGUAUAGACAGAAGAUAUUGUCAACCUAUCAGCCCCUACAUAAAGAGUUGUAUAACAUCCAUCCUUCAUCUUUCUUCAUACCUUCAUUUAUCAAUGCGAUUAGCAAUAAUACAGUAGAGAGUUUCAGAAAUAUAAUGUCAGAACCCUCUCCUGGAGUUUAUACAUUUGCUAUGCUUCAGCCAAGAUUCUGUGAGAUGCUAUUAGAUGAGGUAGAAAAUUUUGAGAAGUGGGUCAAUGCUGUUAAAUUCAAGAUAAUGAGACCGAACACAAUGAACAAAUAUGGUGCUGUUCUCGAUGAUUUUGGUCUGGAAGCUAUGCUUAACAAGCUGAUGGAAGAAUUCAUUUGUCCCAUUUCUAAAGUGUUUUUCUCUGAGGUCGGUGGGUCAACACUGGAUUCACACCAUGGUUUUGUUGUAGAGUAUGGCAAAGAUAAGGAUGUUGAAUUAGGCUUUCAUGUGGAUGAUUCUGAAGUUACUUUGAAUGUUUGCUUGGGAAAGCAAUUCUCUGGUGGUGAAUUAUAUUUUAGGGGUGUUCGUUGUGACAAACAUGUAAACUCAGAGACUCAACCUGAGGAAAUCUUAGAAUAUUCUCAUGUCCCGGGUCAAGCUGUGCUUCAUCGGGGCCGUCAUCGGCACGGUGCUCGUGCCACGACAUCUGGACAUAGGAUCAAUCUGCUCUUAUGGUGCAGAAGCUCAGUCUUUAGAGAGAUGAAGAAAUAUCAGAAGGAUUUCUCCACUUGGUGUGGCGAGUGCCAGCGUGAAAAGAAGGAACGACAGCGCCAAUCUGUUACUGCUACAAAGCUGGCAUUCCUUAGGGGUGCAGGUGGAUCGGUUAUCUGAACCAUUCUUUUUUGUUUGUUCUAUUUUGAGCUUCUUGUCUGUAUAAUAGCUUACCUGCUCUCAUUUAGAUUUUGGUGCGGAUAAUUUUUGUAAUGUUCUCUGAGUACUUACUCAAUUAGUUUCACCCCUCUUUGAGAUGUUUAUUGUAAGAAGGCUAUAUACACAUGCCGAAUGGGUGGAUCAAUAUAAGUAACUAUGUGAAAAAUGCCAGUUUGAAGUACACUGCAAAUUUGAUAAGCAUGAGCUUCACUUUCUCAUUCAUAUAAGCUGGUAAAUGCAAAUGUGCUAAAGUGUUAUCUCUUUUGGUUGUCACUGCUACUGUACCAAAUGAACAGCAUCUUCUUGAGGAAUUUGAUUUUCUCUUUUAAUUACGAGGAUUGUUUUGUGAAAUAUGUACUCAUUUGUUUGUCAUUAAUCAGUGUCCAUAGACUACUAUGAAGUGAAUGAAUCUCGAAUAAUUUUCUAUUUCCAUAUAUUCAUGUGGUAAUUUGGGCAUUGUCUAUCAAAAUGAAAUCAAAAUUUGUUCAGUAGUCUAAAUGCCAUUUAUCUACCGCAAGUGUUACUAUUUAUGUGACGAUUUUUUUUCCUGUGUUUGGGCAAAAUGAUGUCCUGAGCAGGUGUUCUCGAACGCUGGGUUUUCCAGAUCACUGAAACAUUUGUGGCACCGAGAUCCAAGGGUUUAGAUGAUCUAGAGCAUCCAUGCAGGGCGCUGUUUGUGUCUGCAUUGUUUUUAAAAGUGUUGCUAGUUCUUGUUACAAAUGUGACAUAAUGUAUCAUUCAUUUUACAGGAUAUCAAGUUGCGCCUGCGUUGUUCUAAAAGUGUUUUGAGUUCUUGUUAGAAAUGUGAUAUAAUGUAUCAUUCAUAUUACAGGAUAUCAAGUUGCGUCUGUGUUGUUCUAGAAGUGUUAUGAGUUCUUGUUAGAAAUGUGACAUAAUGUGCCAUUCAUAUUGCAGGAUAUCAAGUUUGUGUCUCCCUUGUUUUUAAGUGUUAUGAAUUCUUGUUAGAAAUGUGACAUAAUGUACCGCAUUCAUACUACAGGAUGUCGAGUUGUCGUGCUCAGCGAACCGCCCUUCGCCUUCGUAGAUGAUCAGGAGGGAGAUUUCGGAGAAGUUGCCUCCCAACCUGCUUGUGCUACUCCGGCGAGGCGCGGAGGGGAGGCUAUCCUCUUCUCUCUUCUUUUUCGCUUUUUUCUUUCUUUGGGUGUUUCCCACCUCAUUUUGCUCGUGUGUACAUUAAAAUAGGUUGAUGAAUUUAUUGUUUUAUUAAACAGUAGACAUGUAUUUAUUCCACAUUAUUGAACUUUAUGUUAAUGAGUUAUUGAAAUAGACUAUUA